AUGGCACCCAUAGAUGCACCCCAGCUACCCAUUCCAGGUGAACAACAGCGCGCAAUUCCACAACCGACUGCUGUUGAACAAUACGAGGUCGUUCACCCACAACAGACUAAGAGUGGAAUGGACCUGUACUUCGACCAGGCCCUGGAGUCCAUGGGCAGACAUCCAGUUCUGACGGGCUUUGGUGGUUUUCUCGGAUUAUACUUUCUAGCGGGUGCUUAUAGAGGUGUCUCAAAAAUGCUAGGAGGUAAUUCUGCAAGUGUCCAAUUUGCCAAAGGUGGUUUCGAUCCUAAAAUGAAUACUAAAGAAGCUUUACAGAUCUUAAACCUCAAGGAAAAUAGUCUAACUAAGAAAAAGCUGAAAGAAGUUCACCGCAGAAUCAUGCUUGCGAACCAUCCGGACAAAGGUGGGAGCCCAUAUUUAGCCACUAAGAUCAACGAGGCCAAGGACUUCUUGGAAAAGCGCGGCGUUCGUAAAUAG